GACCUAGGGCGGUUCGGAUCUUUGAUAGAAGGGUCAUGGUGAAAAUGCAACCUUCAUUGCAAAGCCAUACUAGCACUGCUCUGCGCCAGUUGGGUAAUGGAUCUAAUGGCCUUUCUAGUGUGAGCAUUAGUAAGAAUAAUUUUGAAACAAUUGCCCAGGAUCUUCUUUUGGAGAGAACAGACCACACUCUUGAGCUCUAUGAAGGGAGCGGAUCCAAUUGGAGACUAGUGAAAAGUGGGACUCUUGGAAAUCUUGGUAGUUUUAAAGAUGUUUUGUUUGCAAACAAUGAGAUGCAGGAUUCUCCUGUGCUUGUUGCACUUUGUCCAAACUUCCGUGAAAAUGGUGCACUGUUGGGUUGA